AUGACUAGAUUGUCUGGGUUCACUUCUAGAGUGGACACUCUACUCAAUGUUUUGGAAGAUCUGGGACAUGGCUCCUAUGAACGUACGAUGAUCACAGAUAAGAGCGAUUCUGACGAAGAACGGAAACAUUUGGCAAUUAGGGACUUGAAACCUGGUGCAGGCCGUCUUAUUAUCCAAGACAACGUGAUUCGUUUCGAACACGUUCCUCUAGUAACACCCAACGGUGAUGUUCUCAUUGAUGACCUCAAUCUUGUGGUUCCAUCUGGAACCAACGUGCUCGUUUGCGGUCCAAAUGGAUGCGGAAAGAGCUCUUUGUUCCGAGUCUUGGGAGAAUUAUGGCCGUUGUUUGGGGGAACGCUUACAAAGCCGGCAAAGGGGAAACUGUUCUAUGUACCUCAGGUAAGCUCAAAUAUUUGGACGUAAAA